GUGGACGCACGUCGUCGUAAUACAGAAAGGCAUGUGCAAAGUGAAACGUGCCAUGCGUGCUGUGUAAGUAGGCGGUGUUUGUUGGAUCGAUGAAACUGAAGAGGAUGCUCUGGUUUAAAAAAAAAAAUACAUAUGUGCUGAUGAUGAAUACAUGUACAUAGCAUAGAUUUAUCACCACGAGUGAAAGUGUUGGAUCUUUAGACUGGUGCGAAAACGAGUUUUAGCUAUUGAUCUGAGGACGAUCCGUUAAUGGGAAUCGAGCAAAGACAUAAAUUGCUCACUGAUCAAUCCCUACAGUGACGAUCAAUGCUUCCGGCAAAAUUAAUACAACUAUAAAAGUGCCGUGGGACUUGAAACCUCCCUCUCCAAACUCACAGAUUCAGAUUUUAUCUGGUCUCAACUCUAACCGAACGUUCAAUCUAUUCACAUCGAUUUGUGUUCCAAGCGAGUACGACAGGCGGUGUUACUACUUAUACAUACAUACGACAAUAUUAUCCAUUUGUGGACGUGAAAGUUGUAGAAUUUUCACGUGAAUUACAGAAUAACAAUUAGUGGGUUUGAUAUUUUUCUUUCCAAUUGGAUUGGUACUUACUAAGAUGAUUGCACGAACUUUGUUAUUGAUUGCCAUUGGUGUUCAAGUCAUCGGAAUUCAAUCUCUUACUAAUUCUGUUAAUGAAACGGGAAUUUUUGAACCUCGGAAAAACCAAACACCUUUACAUAAAGUCGAACUAACACAACGUGGUUAUAUUCAGUUCUUGAGAUGGAUGAUACCAGUACCGGAAAUCAACGAAUUUACAUUUUGUGUCUGGGUCAAGUCUAUGAAUCUAACGUAUCCACACUCGAUAUUUUCCUAUUCGAAGAAUGAAACAGAACGACUGGUGAGAGCAUGGAUCGCACCUCAGGGUCGAAGCAUUCAUUUGGAGAUCAAUAGUACCAACAUAUUUAAUCACCCCACAUUUAUUCAAGAGCAUCAAUGGUACCACAUUUGUCAGAGCUGGCAUGGUGCUAGUGGACGAUACGGAUUGUGGAUUGAUGGACAAAUAAUUCUGGAUGGAUACGCACCAGAGAUGGCAGGCCAUGUUAUUCCAAAGGAUGGAGAUCUAGUUUUAGGUCAAGAGUACACGGAUUUUGAUAAAGGACUGGAAGAAGGGAUUGAAGGAGCAGUUUUUGGAUUUAACUUGCUCUUAUUAUCAGCUUUUGCACCAUCGAGUUUAUCCUUUGAAAGAAAUCAACUGGGAGAUGAUGCGCCUGCUGGUAUCCAUUUUCCAGUUGAAGAUUCCUCUGAGGUCACAAACAUAGGCCCUGCUAUUUUUCCGCCUGUUCAUUCGAGAUAUGCUCGAGAGCCUGUAAUCCCUGAAUUUCACACGUCCCAAUCACAUAUCGUACGGAUUAGGAAACCAAAGCAAGUAUCAAUAAUUCCAACACAGAUAAGAGGUAAGAAUUUGUCGUGGUUGAAGCCAACAUCCGUAGCACCAUUGGGAUUACAACUGAUAGAAACAGGCUACUAUCACUGCAAAGUUGGCCGUGGUAGUCCUUUCCUUGGAGGAUCUAAACUUCUAAUCUCAUGGACCAGAACACCUGUCGGUGUUUUUGGUGGAGCGAUUUUAAAAAAUGUCGACAGCCGUUGUGGUGUUUUUAAUCCUCUUUAAUAUUGUAAAACUAUUUUCAACUUUUGGUUGUUGAAAAAUUUUAUUAAACUUAAUGGGUAUUGCUAUAGAUUUGGCGUUGCUCGUUUUUCCACCAAAAUAAAUAAUCAAACUUUGUUAACAAUGAAAAAAUAACCCAUUAAGGCUAAUGAGAAAUAUAACAGGGAUACCAAGUUUUACACGAAAAGCAUGUUUACUUAAUUGAAAAGUCAUUCUUGUUUUGUUUAAAUAAAAAAAAAAAAUAACAUUGUAAAAUAUUAAUUUUGAUUAAAUAUUUCUUCUUAAACUUCAGGCAUGCUUAUAGUUGGAAACUUUUUAUCUUGAUCAAGUUUCUCGUGGGUAUUAGUGGAUUAUUUAAUAAAUUAGUUCAAAAAUAAAAAUAAAUUUUAAAAUAAUUUGUUUAAUAAAUUCAUAAUUGAUCAUUUCAGUAUGAAUUUUUCCACAAAGAGCAUAUGGGUUAUAAUAAGGGAUUGGAUUGAUGUUAUUUUUUAUUAUUCUUUUAAGGAAUAACAUCAUGCUCAAUUUGUGAAUCAUUUAUAAGCAAUUCGAUAUUCGAUUUUGCCAAAUAUUUAUUGGAUGAAAUAACUGUGUAAUAUAUGGAUUUAUACACGAUGAAUGAUUAAAAGAAUUCCUGAAUGCAAAUGUGACCAAACCUAAUAAAAGUUUCAUAAAAUUCGUGAUUUUUCAAGCAGAAACAUACCCAAAAGACCAAUGAAUGAACAUGAAAGUUUUGCCAAAACCGAGGAUGAUAUAUAUCUUGUCAAUAACUUCAAAAGUUCAUUUCAUAUAAAUGUUAAUUAAUUUUCUGCUUCAAUAUAGAGUUGUUAAUUGAAAUGAUUCAUAUUAUAAUGAGCCAUUUUUUUAUACUAUGCGCUUUGAGUAGAGUACUUUUUAAUCUAGUGUAUCGCUGAUUAAUAUUCAUUCAUUUACUAGAUAUCAUCGCUGCACCGGUAGAUUUUAGUUGAUAAUUCUCUAUGUAUAUAGAUUUGUAUCUUUAUUAGAUCAUCAUAAAUUGUUUUGUAAUCUUGUAAUAAAAAUCUAUUAAAUAUAAAAACAAAA